AUGACCAAAAGUGGUAAGAUGAUUCAACGACCACCGAUUAUAGGUAUUGAGCACGAUAAAGAUGUUACAUCCAACACCAACAAAUUGGCAAGAAGUGGUACACAUGAUGCAGUUCUUUUUAAUGAUUAUGAUGAGGUUGAGAAGAUAGUGGUAGAGCCAAAGAUGAAAGAGAAGUUAAAAGGUAAACAACCAAUGGAAGUAGAGCUAGCACAACUGUUGCCAAAAAUUUGCAAACUGCCUCCCCAAUUCCCAUAUAGAUUGAAUCAAAAGGCCGGGGAUGGGAAAGUCUUAAAAGUUAUCACCAUCCUGAAAGAGCUAUUUGUGAACAUCUUAUUGCUAGAAGUGUUGGACAAAAUGCUGGAUUAUGCAAAAUUCAUGAAAGACAUGGUUACUAAGAAAAUGACAAUCACUUUUGAGCCCAUUGAUAAACUACACCAUUGUAAUUGCUACAAGUUCGUUGGAGGGAGUAUCAAUCACAUGCCACUUGUGAUCUGCGGACAGUUGGGCUUGGGAGCCCCCGAACUAAUUGCAAUGAGGUUGUUGAUAGCUGACAGACCAGUGAAAAACCCUAUAGGGAUUCUAUGUGAUGAGCUGGUGAGAGUUGACAGAUUUAUAUUCCCUGCUGAGUUUGUCAUCUUAGAUUGUGAGGUGGACUUUGAAGUUCCCAUAAUCUUUGGAAGGACAUUUUUAGCCACAGGUAGAGCUUGGUAG